AUGGCAGCUUGUGCUUUACAAAGUACUCUUUCUCGUCUCUGCCGAAGAUAUUCUUCACCCGUUUUAGGCUCGUUGUCUUACCAGAUUCGUCGACCAUAUGCUCAAGUAGCAGUUGCUGGUCUCCCAAGUUUUGUAAAAGUCGUAGAAGUUGGUCCGCGGGAUGGAUUGCAAAACGAAAAGACAAUUGUUCCAGCAGCAACUAAAAUAGAAUUUAUCAACAAGUUAUCUUCAACUGGCUUGUCUGUCAUCGAAGUAACCAGUUUUGUUUCUCCAAAAUGGGUUCCCCAGAUGGGGGACCAUAUGGAGGUGAUGAAGGGUAUCCAGAAGAACCCCAAUACAACAUACACUGCGUUGACACCAAAUCUGAAGGGAUUCCAAGGAGCUCUGCAGACAGGAGCUGAUGAAGUGGCCAUAUUUGGUGCAGCAUCCGAAACAUUCAGCAAGAAAAACAUCAAUUGUUCCAUUGCGGAAAGUCUAAAAAGGUUUGAAGCUGUGACACAAGCAGCCCAAAAAGCAAACAUUCCUGUCCGAGGUUAUGUAUCUUGUGUACUUGGCUGUCCGUAUGAAGGUGACAUUCAACCAGAGAAAGUUGCUGAGGUUUCAAAGUCCCUCGUUGAUCUUGGCUGCUAUGAGAUUUCUCUUGGGGAUACAAUUGGUGUUGGCACUCCAGGGGCAAUGCGACAACUCAUCUCUAUCGUGUCAAACUAUGUACCUAUAGAAAAAUUGGCUGUCCACUGUCACGAUACUUAUGUUGAACUUUCUUUUUCCUUUUUCUUCUCUUUCGUCUUUCUUUUCUUUGCUCUUUUCCUUUCUCUUUUCUUUUCCUUUCCUUUCUCUUUUCUUUUCUUUUCUUUUCUCUUUUCCUUUCUCUUUUCCUUUCUCUUUUCCUUUCUCUUUUUUCUUUUCUUUCUCUUUUUUCUGUUUUCUUUUCUUUUUUCUUUUCUUUCUUUUUUCUUUCUUUUUCUUUUUUUUCUUUUCUUUUUAUUUAUUUUCUUUCUUUUUUCUUUUCUUUUCUCUUUUCUAUUUUCUUUUUUCUUUCUAUUUUCUUUUCUUUAUAUUCUUUUUUCUUUUCUUUUUUUCUAUUCUUUUCUUUCUUUUUUUUUUCUUUCUCUUUUCUUUUCUUUCUCUUUCUCUUUUCUUUUCAUUCUCUUUUCUUUUCUUUCUCUUUUUUCUUUCUCUUUUCUUUCUUUUUUCUUUUCUCUUUUCUUUUUUUUUUUUUCUUUUUUUUUUCUUUUCUUUUCUUUUCUUUUUCUUUUCUUUUUUUUUUCUUUUUCUUUUCUUUUCUUUUUUUUUUUUCUUUUUUCUUUUUUCUUUUUUUUUCUUUUCUUUUCUUUUUUUCUUUUCUUUUCUUUUCUUUUUUUCUUUUCUUUUCUUUUUUUCUUUUUCUUUUUCUUUUCUUUUUCUUUUCUUUUUCUCUUCUUUCUUUUCUUUUUCUCUUCUUUCUUUUCUUUAUAUUUUCUUUCUUCUUUUCUUUUUCUCUUCUUUCUUUUCUCCUUUCUAUUUUCUUUUCUUUCUAUUUUCUUUUCUUUUUCUCUUCUUUCUUUUCUCCUUUCUAUUUUCUUUUCUUUCUAUUUUCUUUUCUUUUUCUCUUCUUUCUAUUCUCCUUUCUAUUUUCUUUUCUUUCUAUUUUCUUUUCUUUUUCUCUUCUUUCUUUUCUCCUUUCUAUUUUCUUUUCUUUCUAUUUUCUUUCUUUUUUCUUUGCUUUGCUUUAUUUGUUAUCUCACAGAAACCAAACAAGAUUUCUGA